AUGAGUAUUAACAUAAGAUCAUCAUCAACUAAAAUAUCUUCACAAAAUUAUUAUACAGAAGGUAUGUUACAACAGGCAUCACAAAAUAUUGGUGGUAGUUCACAGCAAAUAAAUAUUCCACCUCAAGUAUCUAAUGGAUUUGGUGUUCCAGUUAAUAACAAAGGACCAAUUAAUUAUAUUAAAAAUAAUCCAUACAACUAUUCAUCACCAUCAUGUCCAGCAAUACAAAAAUUAAAAAAUGAAUAUGUAAAUUCUCCAGCUAUGGAUUCAGGAUAUUCUUGUAAUUCUUCUAUCUCAACAACCUCCUCUUCUGUUGGUAAUAAUUAUACUGCAGCAUGGAUGCAAAAUUAUCAUUCAAAUAUGUUACCAACAUUCUCAGGAAUGGGUACACCAUCAGUUAUGUCAAAUAUGUCACAUUUAUCAAUGGCUGAUGAUUGUAGUGUUUUGUCAAUUUCAACUCAAAUGACGGCACCAUUUCGAAUGCCAUUAGGAGGUUCACAACAAUAUGCUUCAUCAACAACAGGUUACUCUGAAAAUAUUGAUCCUGAUUUUUAUUAUCAAUUUAAUUCAUCACUUGAUCAAUUGUUAAUUAAUUUAAGAAAUACCGAUGAUUCUAUUAAAAAAAAAGCAGCUAAUUCUGCAUUUGAUUGGGCUAAAAGAAAAUAUUUUUGUUUUACGAAAGAUCCAUUAAAAUUACAAAUUUUAAUUGAAAAUGCAUUAUCUCUUAUUGCUGAAAGAAGUACUAAUAAAGAUAUUGUAUUUUCACUUUUAGGAGCAAUAGUUCAUUUAACAGAAAAUAAAAUUACACUACCAUCAAUAAUGCGAAUAUUUUCAUUGUCAGGUGGGAAAUUAAUACAUCUUUUAUGUGAUAGAAUUGAUCCAGAUGAACAUUAUGCAAAAUUUGCUGCUAUAACACUUCAUACAUUAUUUUCACAACCAGAUCCAGAAGGAUCAAAAGCUAGAAGUUAUGCUAGAUCAACUAUUGUUAUUGAUAGGAUAUUAAAAUUGAUUAUGAAAAAAAUGAGAUAUAAUAAAUAUCUUAUGAUUGAUUGUAUAAGGAUGUUAUUACGAUCAAAUGAAGAAUUAAAAAAACAUUUUGUUAGACAGGGAGGUUUAGUUGAAAUGUUAAGAUGUAUAUCUGAAGAUAAUGAUGAAAGAAUUUUAUAUACAGCAUCUAAAACAUUAGAUACAUUAAUAAAUUCAAAAACUGAUUUUACUGGUGAAUUUGUUAAAUAUCAAGGUAUUCAAAUAUUAGGUAAUCAAUUAUCUCAUGGUUCAUCUAGAUUUUUACAUCAAUGUGUUCAAUGUUUAUCAGGUGUAUCUGGGACAGAUUUAUUAGAAGGACAAGAUAUACGUGAGGCUAUUGGUAAAGUUAUACAAAUAUUAGGUUCUAAUGAUCCAACAAUAGCAUUACAUGGUUCAGGUUUUUUAUGUAAUAUAGCAGCAAAAAGUAUAGUAUAUAAAGAAUAUUUAAUUAAUUGUGGUGGUAUAGAAAAUUUUAUUUGUUUAAUGGAAAUGUAUUGUAUUGCCAAACCACCACCUAAUUAUAGAAAUACAUAUACAGAAAUAUUAGAUAAUUCAUUAGCAGCAUUAAAUAAUUUAACAGUAAAACAUAGAGACACAAAAUAUUUAUCAAUAGCAUGUCAUAAAAUUAUCCAAAGACCAGAAGCACCAAGAUUAUUACUAAAUAUGAUAGUAAUGGGAAAUAUUUCAAUGAAAAGUAAAGCUCUAGUAAUAAUGCAUCGAAUUUUUAAUACAGAUAGAAAUUAUUUGUUAUAUUUUGUUAAUUUAAGGGAUUCAUUUCAAAACAAAACUACUCCAUCUUUAUUAUAUGAACUAUUAUUUCAAGUUGUUUUACAAUACUCUAAUGUCUCAUCAGAUAAUGAGGAGAGAGAAAAAUUAAAAACUCUUAUGAAAAGAACAAUACGUGGUUUGGAGCAAUUAAAUCAGCAGGAGACAUUUCACAUGGAAUUAAGUCAAUUAGCACGUUGUCAAACUGAUUUUUCUUGUCUAGAAUAUCUUAAAGAUACUGAUGAACAUUUACCUUUAAAAAUGCUUUUUGAAAAUCUUCUAUACAUCACUUUUAUUUAA